AUGCGCCGUGCCUUCUCGUCCGCGCUGAGUCGCGACGGCGCCAGCGCGCUCACGUCUGGCCGCAUGUACAACUGGCGCGUGCGCGCAGUCUACAGCGCGCUCGACAAGGCGGGCAAGGCGGACGGCCCCCUUUGUGCCGAAGACCUGUACAGCCUUGGCCACCUGGACCAGUACCACUACGGCGGCACGGACGCUUGCGACGAGGCGGCCGCACUCCUCGGGCUCGACUCCGGCUCCACCGUCCUCGACAUCGGCAGCGGCAUCGGCGGCACGUCUCGCUACCUCGCCGCCACCACCGGUUGCCGCGUCGUCGGCGCGUCGCCCGCCUGCAGCGAGGGCGGCUCACCCCUCACCGCGCCGGCUCACGUGGCUCCGUCCCCGCACCCAGGCGUCGAGCUGCAGCCCGACCU